AAAAGAAGAAGAAUUACGAGGAGACGUUGACUAGUUCAAUAAAUAGCAUUCUGCUAUGGCCGAGAAAACCGAUGCAAGUAGGGACCUGCGAAUGCGACGCAGGGGUCAGCCAAACCUAUCCACGCAUUAUAUAUUCUAUUCAUGCAUAUAUAUGCACCUACUCCUCCUCCCCUCCUCUUCAAACUCUAUUCGCCUCCCGAAAAUGACCGAAUUUAGCAUUCUGGGCUUCGACCUCACUGAGCAUAUCCUCUCCUUCCUCCCAAUCCCGACGCUUCUCAGAGCAGCCUCCGUCUGCAAGCUCUGGCAUUCCAUCAUCUCCUCCCCUGCCUUCUCCUCUCCCUCCGCACGUCCCCAUGCCUUAAGCCAGCCAUGGUUCUUCCUCUACGGCCUCCACAACACCUCCUCUAAGAACCACCAGUCCUUCGCCUUCGACCCUCUUUCCAACCUCUGGUUCCGCCUCCCUUCCUCUUCCUCCUUCCCUUUCCUUUCUCCCACCUCCUCCUCCUUAAUCGGCUCCCAAGGCUUUCUCUUCACCACUGCCCCCUUCUCCUUCUCCCCCAUCCUCCACCGCUUCUCCGACAUCUUCACCACCUCCCCUCCCAACUACUCCCGCGACAACCCCCUCCUCGGCGUCUUCCACGCUAAUUCCGACAAACCCACAUUCAUUGUUGUCGGGGGUGUCAGGUUCAUCGGCAACCUCGUUGACAUCGAGGACCGUUUGGCCGUUGAGAUAUACGAUCCCCAUCUGGAUUCCUGGGAGAUUUGUCCCCCUUUGCCCGCCAAUUUCAGCUCGGGUAACUCCUCCUCAUCCCUGUCCUCGGCCUUGUUCGGAGGCAAGUUCUACGUGCUUGGUAUCUAUUCUUGUUUCGUUUCGUCCUUCGAUUUGGAAAAACAUAUCUGGAGCGACGUCCAGACGCUACGUCCUCCUGGGGUUAACUUCUCCUUCUUGCUCUCGUGCCGGGACCGGCUUGUUCUAGCCGGAAUAUGUAAUUCGCCACUUGGGUCGUCGUUUAAUCUGUGGAGGAUUGACGAGAACACCAUGGAGUUUAGCGAGAUUGCGAUCAUGCCUCAGGAUUUGCUUUACAGCUUGUUUGAUAGUGAUGAGGAUGAUAAAUUUGCGAGCUUGAAAUGCGUUGGGUUGGGUGAUCUUGUCUAUGUUUUUAACGAAGAGAACCAUAAGAGAUGCCCAGCUUGUGUUUGUGAGAUUAGUAGUGAUCAGUCUGGCAAGUGUAAGUGGAGGAGAGUGCCUCCAUUGCCUUCACCUGUUAAUAAGUUUCACAAGGUCAUUAGCUUCUGUUCCACCGUCUCGCUGCGUAAUAUGCUUCGGGUUGGAGAGGAAUUAAGUGAUCGGUGAGGUGCAUGCAUGCUAUGCCUGAGUGAUCAAUUCCUCAUUU